AUGAACUCAAAUCCGGAAAGAAGAGUUGGCAAGGAAGCAAGGCGGAAAAUAAAACUCUUCAAGUCAAACCCGGAUAUUUUUAUGCUGGUACAACUCGAUGAUAAACCAAAUUCAUGUUUCAACAAUACAAAAGUUGUCACUUUUAUCAUCGUUUCAUUGCUGUUGUUGACAAAAGACUAG